AUGACGGAUGGUUUUGUGAAAGGUCUCCUUGCGUCAAAGUCGCAAAGCUCUUCGCCUCCAAAGAAAUCGAAUACACUCACUCGUUUUUACAUAUUUUUGGCAGCGUGCAUAUUUCUCGGAUAUUUGACAGGCGCUAUUCGUGUUCGAAUAGGCGAUCGCCAGUUCGGUUCCCUCUUCUUCUCCAACACGCAGGAAGUGAAACCAGAAGACGUUCAAGUCACAUUCGAUGAUGUUCGAGGAAUGGACGAAGCCAAACAAGAGGUGGAAGAAAUCGUUGACUACCUUCGUGAUCCUGAGAAGUAUUCUCGUCUUGGUGGCCGUCUACCCAAAGGCGUGCUGCUGGUGGGACCUCCAGGAACCGGCAAAACGCUUCUCGCGAGAGCCAUUGCUGGCGAAGCGCAGGUGCCAUUCUUUCACACAUCCGGGUCAGAAUUUGACGAAGUUUUGGUCGGUCAAGGAGCUCGCAGAGUGCGAGAUUUGUUCGACAAAGCUAAAGCAAGGGCACCAUGCAUAAUCUUUAUCGAUGAGAUUGACAGCGUUGGAUCAAAGCGAGUCUCAAACAGCAUUCAUCCAUAUGCCAACCAAACGAUCAACCAAUUACUGAGUGAAAUGGAUGGAUUUAACAGGAACGAAGGUGUUAUAGUGAUUGCAGCGACAAAUCGCGUGGAUGAUUUGGACAAGGCUCUUCUCCGUCCAGGCCGUUUUGACGUUCGAGUAACUGUUCCGAAGCCUGAUCUUGCUGGUCGGAUAGAUAUUUUUAACUUUUACCUCGGAAAGAUAGUACACUCUCCUCUAGUCGAUUCUAAGACAUUAGCAAAGGGUUCUACGGGCUUCACUGGUGCUGACAUAGAAAACAUGGUAAAUCAAGCUGCAUUGAAGGCUGCCACGGUAGCAGCACCGGAGGUCACAAUGGCCCAUCUGGACGAGGCGAGAGAUAGAGUGCUCAUGGGCCCAGCUCGUACUGGAGGGAGAAUACCCGAUGAGGAAGCGAAUAGAAAUACCGCUUUUCAUGAAGCUGGGCACACUCUUGUUUCUCUCUACACAAAACAUGCUACUCCUCUUCACAAGGUCACCAUUAUUCCUCGCGGUACGUCACUUGGACACACUGCUAUGUUACCCGAAAAAGACGAAUAUCAGAUGACGAAGGGCCAAAUACUCGCAGCUCUAGACGUUAUGAUGGGAGGAAGAGUUGCAGAGGAACUCAUUUUUGGAGACGAUAUGGUAACGACUGGUGCAGCCGAUGAUUUGAAGAAAGCGUCACAGUUGGCUGUGCAAAUGGUUGGACUACGAGAUUUCACUGCUGAGGAUUCGUCAACGUCAGCUUUGAUCAAAAUGAGUGAUUUGAGUCCUCAAACGGCAGAAGCGAUCGACCGAGAAAUCAACCAAGUUUUAGCAGACAGCUAUCAACGAGCAAAAGAAAUUCUAGUGAAGCAUCGGAAAGAACAUCAGCUAUUGGCUGAAGCACUGUUGGAAUACGAAACGCUUUCAGCGGAAGAGGUCAGGCAAGUCAUAUCGGGGAAGAAGAUAAAGCGUGCAACUCCAGCAGAAAUGAAAAGAACCAAUGACGGUAUCCAUCGCAACCCUCUCGUUCGUAUCCAUGUCUUCGAAGAAGGGAAGAAUUAA